AUGCAUAAUCGGUAUGCAGUAGUUGAAAAAAUCAAAGAGAAUCCUCUGCAAUGUGAACUUGUUGUAAUAUCAGAAGAAAACUUGGCAUGGUAUGAAAGGAAUAAUACUGCCCUGACGCUCUCCUUACCUGAUGUCUGGUCUUCUCAACAAAAAAAGCUAUAUCAUCAAAUUAAUGACAAUUUAUUAUUGAACACAUUUCAUGCUGCAAAUUAUAUUCAUGAUAAGUAG